AUGGGGGUGGAUGGCAUGUAUGAGAAGAGCAGAAUGCUGAAUAUACAAAACAGCACAUGGAGUAGUCGUCAGGAGUGGUACCAAGACAGUUUGGUGACAGGACAACUCAACCCUGACAGCUGUCAGCAGCUAGAAAGUAGCUUGGAUUCUGAGCACCCCCAAGGUGGUGGCAGCCAAGACCUAGAUGACUCUCAAAUCCAUUUGCAGCUGAAGCGCAAAUUGCAGAGAAACAGAACUUCUUUCACACAAGAGCAAAUAGAGGCAUUGGAGAAAGAAUUUGAGCGUACUCACUACCCUGAUGUCUUUGCCCGUGAACGCUUGGCAGCAAAAAUCGAUCUUCCCGAAGCCCGGAUCCAGGUCUGGUUCUCCAACCGUCGAGCUAAAUGGCGUCGGGAAGAGAAACUGCGGAACCAGAGGCGCCAAGCAGGUGGCACUGGGGGGCACCUGAUCAUAAACAGCACUUUUGGCACUGUAGGCAGUGCUGUCUACCAGUCACUCCCUCAGCCUAUAGGGUCAGGUGCUAUGCUGGGCCAUACAGAAAGUGUCCUCAGCAACAACUAUGGUUCCCUUCCACCUUUAGCUCCCUUCUCUAUGGCCAACAACAGCCUCCCUAUUCAGGUGAGCUUAAAAGGAACAACAGAAGUCUUGAAUGGGUUGAUUUCUCCAGGAGUGUCAGUUCCUGUACAAGUCCCAGGUGGGGAUUCUGAUCUUGCCCAGUAUUGGCCACGACUGCAAUGA